GUAUGCCACUUACAAGUGGACCCCACAUGUUUUCUAAUUUUUUUUCUGACUAGGAAGCCACAUCAACAAAACCACUCAUUCAUACUACCAUGGGAUCUGACAACGGUUUGACGAGAUGGGGGGUGAAGAUUUCUGAUAUUGUGCUCUUGGGAUGUUUAUUAAACUCGAUGUGACGACGAGGGACGGCAAGUGGACUUAUUCCUUAUAUAUUGGAGGAGGCCCAAUAAGCCUACAUGUGUCUCCUCAGUCUCGCAAGAACGGAAUUACCAAUCCAAGUCCAAACUCAACCGCAACUCCGGCGAUGCCGCCGCCGCCGCCGCCGGCCACCGUCCUCGUGACCAACGGCACCGUCUCCCCGCAGGCACCACCCUCCGCGGCCUCCUUCCUCGACUCCACCCCGGGCGCCUACACCACCGCCCGCGCCACCGCCGCCGGUGGCCUCCUCUGGUGGCCGCGCCACCUCCUCCGCCUCGCCGACUCCACCCGCCUCCUCGCCCGCUUCCACCCUCAUCUCCUCGGCCUCGCCGCGCCGCCGUCCCGCAAGCCGUUCGAGGACUCGCUGAGAGGGAUCGAGCCUCUCGUCAACCGCUCCGUGCGGGUCGCCCUCGACGAGAUGCCCGGCGAGGACAUGGCGCUCACGGCGUUGCUCAGGGCCUCUCCGGCCGAGGAGGAGUCGGAGCUGGAGGUGUGCGUGCACCUGGGGGCCUACGUGCCUCCGGUCUUCGGAGAGGCCGGGGCGAGGCUUGCCGUCGCUGGGAGGGGAAGGGACGCCGCUGCCGCCAAGUACGCGCCAUGGGCCAGGAUGAGGAAGAGCAUGGAGAAGAUGAGGCCUCCUGGGGUGACGGAGCUCUUGUUGACAAACGAUGGAGACCAUAUUCUUGAAGGCAGCAUCACUAACUUCUUCGUUGUCUGCCGCAGGGAGGAGGAGCAUCCAUUGAAUAAGCCUUUAUCUGUUGAAAUGACAGCUAAUGAGUUUGAAGUGCAAACAGCUCCACUGGGUGAUGGAAUUCUCCCUGGUAUUAUGCGUCAGAUAGUGAUAGAGGUAUGCCAUGAUAUUGGAAUCCCAUUCCGGGAGGUUUCACCAUCGUGGUCCAAACACAAACUUUGGGAAGAGGCCUUUGUUACAAGUAGCUUAAGGCUUAUCCAGCAUGUGGAGACUGUUCAAGCUCCUAUAUUGUGGGAGAACAUAGAAUCAAAAACCUGGGCCGAUGUAUCUUGGGAAGUAAAACAAUUUCAGGGUGCUGGAAGUAUUACCACACAGAUAAAGAGGGAAAUAUCGAAGAGAGCAAUACAAGAGGAAUAUGACAUAAAAGAUCUCUUUUUGCAGUACUGCAGUGAUAAGCCACAGGUGUGUGCGGUGAUUUAUUUUAUGCUGCUGAGGCUUCUUGCCACGUGAUGCUUUAUCUUCUUUGCUGGCUGAAAUAGUAGUGAGGAGGUGGAUAAUGCCUAGUAGCAAUAUCAUGCAAGGGGAAAGGAAAGGGGAAAUAUCAUCUAGGUGAUGUUAUGGUGAAAACUCUGGUUUAUGGAUGUGCCAUGGAGAGCGUUCACUAUUUUGUACGCCAUCAGAUGUAUUCAACCUGUACAUAACUGAGGUUUGGAAGGCAAGGUGUUAAGGUCAGCUUCUAUUCUUUCUCAUCCUAUUGCAGUUGUACAUAAUAUGGUUUGUUUAAUAUUUGUUGAUCUGUUGCAGAGCAUGCUUUGAACUACAAAGUACUGCCCAUGGAUACCCAGUGCUAUCCUUCUGAGGUUUUUAUUUCUCAGACCUGAUUGUCUCUUUACAUGAUGUAGGCAGUCAGAAAGAUAGUUUCACUAAAGAUGAGAUAAUCUCAGUAUACACAAAGGUAAGCAGAAGGAAGCUCCACGGUUGCCCAUUUUGCUGUUGCAAUCCUACUAUUACUGGUACUAUAUACGGCUAUUUGGUUUCGGGAAUCCAUACUUUUAUCUACUUUUUUCCAGACUAUGCAUGAUCUAUUUAUGUACACGUCUAAUCAGUACAGUUUGGUGAACUGUUAUUUAUGGAGGUAUACUUUGCGAAUACUUUUGGUA